AUGUCCAAAGCCACAAGGCUACUCGAACUUGUGAAGGAGUUGAUCAACAAUGUAAACCCAGAAGGAUUCAAAAAGACCAUGUUUACUCAGCUCUUCUCAGAUCCAAAGGUUUUUAAACUGGUAGGGUUGGUCAUUGAAGAUAUCAACCAAAUGUAUCCGUUGUUGACUGAAACAACAUUACUGGAGCUCCUCGAUCAGCAGCACGCAUCUGGCUUCGAAGACUCCACGGAAAACCCGAGUCGGUGGGCUGUUUUGAAUUCAUAUCUUGCGAUGACCAUGCAAUGGAAGGCAGAUAACAAUGGCUUCAGAGACUUUUCGUCUCUCGCAUGGGCCUUUUUCAAGAACUCGUUCUCUGUCUUCCCUGAACUGAUCAUAAGAGGGAACGAUGUUUUGGCCUGUCAAGGGCUGCUGUUCAUGACAGUGUUUCUGCACGGAAGCGCAGACAUGCGAACCGCUUCCCAAAUACUUUCUGCAGCAGCUCGACUAUCGCAGAUCAUUGGGUUGAACCGGAAAUCAUUCCACUCCACCGUCCAACCUUCUGAGAAGGAUGCAUAUUUACAAACUUUCUGGAAUAUAUACAUCCUCGACGCCAAUGAAGCGAUGAAGUCUGGGUUAUCUCCCUCCAUCGACCACAAUGAUGUCUGCUUACCGCUCCCAAGUGCGAGGUCACCAGAAGAGCUUGGUGCUCAAUGCGCCGAGGUGUUCACCGUCCUCCGUCGUGGAUCCUUCGGGGACUCGCUCGAACUUAACCUCACCGCCGAGGAUUUGUGCAGCAGCAGCUCGAGCAACAAUUCGUUUGCUGCGAUCAAUGGAAUCCCAGCCCUUCACAUGCGAAUAAUAUGCUAUCCGCUUGCUGCUUCGAUCACUCUGCUCGCCGAUGUGCUCUCAGAUCCAAUGGGCCGGAAUGCUCAUCUUGACCUUGAACUCAUCUCUGAGUUUGUUCAGCUGCUAGAAAGACUGCAGGUGACUGAGGUGUGCGAUGUCAACGAACUUUUAGCAGGGUGCUCAAAAUUCCGUGACAUUGCACAGACCUUUGUCCUCCCAAAGGGCAAUGUCCCGCCUUUCGAAGAGGUAGCUCAUCCAGAGAGCAACAGCACUGUGCCAAUGGAGCAAGUAGAGUCCAUGAGAGAGAAAUUGAGCCUUCACCAUGACCACAUGCUACUUGCUCAGGGGCUGAUAGGCAAUAUGCCUCUCCUUUGUGCAGAAGCUUCACAUGUCUUUUCGGAUAUUCUAGACAUCCCCCAAGGCUCGAAUAGCGAAUUUGGACUCUUCGUCCCGAGGCUGCUACAGCCUCAAAUGUAUAACUUUCAGUUUAGCUAAUAGAAGAGAGGCUGUGACGAAUGGACUAAGUUAGCUGUGUAUUUUGCUUGGUUUAUUAUCCGAAUCUUUGUGCUUUUUGAUCAAGAUUAUGCGGAAUUGCUAUUUUGUACUUGUGAAAAUGG